AACCCUGUUUUCUCAAUUCUCUUCCUCGCGACCCUGUCUAAAACUCUCUCCCGCUACGGCAUUAUUUAUUAAACAAUUUGGGGUUGUUCGUUCCGAUCAGGGGCAUCAAUGGCGAAGUGGAUUGCCGGGACUUUAAUUAGGUACUUUUCGACUAAGCCGAAACUGCCCAAGCCGAAGAUGAAACCGAUAACGCUCAAUACACCACCGGAGCAAACGCAGACAAUCACAAGAGCUAUAUUUGACAUAGUAAAGGAGCACGGACCUCUCACUGUUGGCGAAACCUGGGACCGCGUCAAGGAAGUUGGGUUGAGAGGAUUGACGAGCAAAAGGCACAUGAAGAUAGUAUUGAGAUGGAUGAGGGAGAGACAGAAGCUUAGGAUGAUCUGCAACCAUGUCGGGCCUCACAAGCAAUUUCUAUAUACCACUUGGUUUACUAAGAGCCAUCUCAAGGAGCCAAAACAAGCCGACAGGAAUUCUGCACUACCAAAGUCACCUUGAGAUUUGCUAGUGCAACAGAAUGUAAUCCAUCAUGGCCAUCUUGUCCAUUAAAUCAGAACUAAGACAGCAGCACUAGGCCUCAUAUCCGCGCAGGGCUCAGACAAAUCCUCAGUGUUAUCUAAAGACAGUAUUAUCUAGCAUGCAAGCACAGUCGAGCAAAUACUACAAGAAGAAAAUAUCCU